GCGGAGGACUCGCUAGCGGGCGGUUUGCGCGCGGUUGGCUCAAGGCGAGGCCGUCCGGGCACUUAAGAGGAACCUGCUGAGGGGACUGAAGAGGCAGGCAGAGGGGCGUUUAUUAUUAGAGACGCCAAGAGGAGACAGCAUCAAGGAGGGAGCGGUCAACUGCAUUGAGUACUGCCAAGAGGUCAAGUAAGAGGACUGAAAAAUGGCACGUAUAUAGUAACAUGGAAACCGUUGGUGGCCUUAGAAAGAGGCAGAUACAUGGAAGCCAGACGAAAAGGCUGGUAAUGAUUACUGGGAAUGAAAUCUGAAGAACACAGAAGGAUGAAAAGAUUUCCAACUACUUCUUAGAUCUCAUGGAGGAAUGGAAGACUUUACGGAAGCUAAACCUUUGGACAUUGGGCCUAUUUCUUUGAGCAGUCAUACAAGGAGUACAGAAUCUAACGAGCUGGAGGAGGAAGCAAGACUACCUACAGUAGCUGUAUCUGAGGAGAAAUAUGAGUUCCACUCAUUUGGCAUCUCACAAACUCCUGUUGUUUCCAAAUUUUCCAAUAAACUUAAAUUCUCCAAAAUAUACCUGCAAAAGAGCCUAUUUGAAGAAUACAAAUUCACUGCUGCUGAAAUACUCUAUGAACUUGAUGAGACAUUGCAGAAAUACGCUGGGUAUAACAUUACUUUCCCUGUGGGAAUUGCAAAUCUUGUGAAUUACAGUUGGCAUGAUCUUAUUGAAGGAGCUUAUAAAUGUGCAACCAAAAACUUAAUGUUGAAGGAACACAAUGCCUUGCAAAGCAAUUGCAAUUCCAAGACCAUAGUUGGCAAAAUCAGCAGCUGUUCAAGAGAAGAGUAUGAUAAGGAGAAUCAUCUGGUGAAAGCGAAAAAAGACCAUCACCAUGUUGCGUCAAGUGAAUCUAUGGAAAAAACAUCUCUUAUCAGCAAAAAGCGGUGUUCCCAGAUUUCCCAGGAUAGCAGUUUACCUGUUGUGUUCCACGUCUCACUGUCAUCCAAGAUCUGUUUAGAAAAUGGUUGGAUCUUUCAACAUCCUUAUUCAAAAUUGGAAAUUCUGAAAUGGGAGACAGUCCUCAGUAUUGCUGUGAAGAAACUACAGGGAGCCAUGAUUCAAAUAAAAACAGAAAAAGUGAACCUAAAAAAAGAGGGAUUCAACAAACGACUUCUGCGUCACUAUAAUGAUCCCAAAGAGGAGGUGAGGUAGGCCACAGUCCCCAAGGUCCCCCAUGUUUCUGGCUGGAGCUGCUGAAGAGGAAGCCUCAGAUGCCAGCAGUCAAACAGGCUGACCCAGAGAUGAAAAAGUUCCAUUAUGCCCUGAUAGAUACGUUCCUCUGUGAUCUAAUAUCCUUGUGAAAUUCCAAAGGGAAAGAAGAAUGGAGGGAGCCAGUUAUGAUGGAAGAGGCUGACAGGUGGGGCGGGGCAGGAGAAGUCAACCUGAGAAAGAGAUUGAGACAUUCUCCCACUUAUAAACAUUACUUUUUUUUAAAGGGAACCUCUGCUUAUAGCCGAUAUUUUUGUUAAGCACCUGAGGACUCAUGUGGUUCAGAGAAAAUGAGUUUUCCUUGAUUCACUUUUCCUGACAGUAGAGAGAACCAGAUGGGGCGUUAGCAUCUAAAGAAUCUAGUUUAGAGAGAAGAAAGAUUUUGUAAUAAAUUCCCAUAAAUCCAAAAUGAAAAAGACCUCAAGAGUCCAUUAUAGUUUGUGGAGAUUGGUACAGCGAGGUUUUGUGAAAUUCUUCACAUAUCUGUACUUACCUCUUAGCCCUCCUUUGCCCCUAUCUGUCCAUAGACAUUGGUGGGGAGACCCAGUCCUCCUGCAGUGUACCGGAAUGACAUCCUCCAUCAAUGCUGAGUAUCAACAGGCGAUUUUGGUGUCCAGUGACUCACCAUUAACAGGAUCAGUCUGACCAGACUCCCCUGUUAUUAUUCACCUGAUUGGUUUCAAAGAAUUUGGGGCUAAAAUGAGGGUGCAGGUAAUGUGAACGUAUGGGAAGAACAUGCAACUGAGAGUCAGGGAACCCAUGUGCUGGCCUGGCACUAUCAUGGUUGUGCUCAGUGAUGAUGGGAAGUUGACUCUCUGGACUUCCGUUGCAUUAUCUGUAAAGAGCUGGUUAAAAUAAUUAAAUAGACUGCAAGUUAACGGCAUUUUAUAUAAGAAUUAUUAACUUCAUUGUUUUUAUCAGUAUCAAUUCCUUAACCUUUAUUUUAUUGAUCCUUCUGGCUAUCUAGCUGUCUGCAAAGCUGUUCUGCCCUCCCUUAGGGUGGUGUGUACACCAACAUAUCCAGUGACUUGCCAAAUCAAGUUAUCCUUGGGACCUUUACACCUUUUGGAUGUGGUAGCAUUUCUUUUCCUAAUGGGUACGUGAGAUUCCAGACAAACUAGAAUUUAUGGGUAAGCUAAGAAGUGAAGGAAGAGCUAAAUCCUGACAAAGGGAAGGAUGGGAAAGCAAUCUUAAAUGGUCAAUCUAAUUGGGAAAUCAGGUAAGGAAAAUGAAACAUACAUGUAUGUGUUCAUGACUAUUCCAUGUACAGACUUGCAAACCAGAACAGGCAAAAAAGCCAUGGGUCUCAAAGAACCCAAUUGUGCCAUCCAUAAGGGACCUAUAUGAAGGCAAGGCCCCAAGGAUGCACAAGGUGGGAACUGAAACAGGGAGACUGCUAUUAAGAUGAGUCAGAUGUUCACUGGGCCUACUACCUGACCCUUUAAGAACUAGAUACACUGGCAGGACCCCUAUUUCACAACCCAUGAAAAGUCUCCUGUCCUUCUAAACAUUGCUAAGAUCUUAGGGUUUAUAAGCUCAUGGUCUCCUCUAGCUUUGACAUCCCACCUCCUCUGAAUCUUGUUCUCCACUCCGUGUCUUGUGUCUGUGGGUUUAUUUUGGCUAUCUCUUGAUUUGAGCCACCUGGGGAAUUUCCUCCUUUUCCUGAUUUUCACGAAAUUUAAAAACUGUUCAUCAGAGGUCUCUGUGAGAGUAGCAGAAUUUUUUUCUGGUUGGAGCCACGUAACUUGGUUUGAGUUACAUAACAUUCCCAUUAAGCAUGACAAGUACAUGAACAAUGUAAAUACUUGGAAAUUAUAUUUAUAUUAUAUUACGUAUAAACAGUGAAGAACACACAGCAGUCUACAUAAUGUUAUAUAGUCAUUUAACAAGGAGUAUAUAGGUAUCACUUUUAUAAUUGAAAAAACAAAUAUUAU